AUGGCAUCAGACAUUCUAAAUAACCAAUUAACUUUAGCUAAUAAGCUAAAUUAAGAUCUCCCUUGGUAUUUGUCAGCCUAAGAUGUAGUUUUAAAAAAAUAAACUACCUAUAAAGAUUAUUUCAAUGAAUAAUUCGAAGACCCUCAAUUAGCUUAAUCUAUUCCAUAUAACUCUUCCUACGCUCUGUGGUAAAAUAAGAACUCUAGUUUGUUUAUAUAUUUGGGUUUUGAUGAUGGUCUCUACUAUAUUUAUCCAUCUCAUGUUUUUGCUGCUUAAGAUAACAGUAGAUGUACAUUUGCUAAUAAGAAAUAACCUUAUGACCCAAGAUGCAGAUAAUGGUAUAAAGACAUGACUGCCAGCACAUAAGAUUCAAUUAUAAGUAGUCCUUAUUUAAGUAUUAAACCAACCUUCAUGACUAGUUCAAUCUGUUCUGACUUAAAAGUCAACAGUAGAGAGAAAAUUGGAGCCUCAUGCACUGACAUCAAUUUAAAAGCCUCCUAAUAUAUAGCUAGACAUUUGUAAGUCUCAGGGAAUGCUUACUAUUUUAUACUUGAUCAAUCUGCUACAGUAGUUUGGCACUCGUUGAAACAAUUUUCUGACAGAUAAUACUCAAUAACUUAGACUUAAUUUUUAGACUGGCCUCCAACUACAACAGAAGAAGUCUAUUCUUAAGAAGCGAUAGACUUUAAUGCAACAAUUUUACCUUUACUAAAUCAGGAAACCAUAUCUAUAGGAAUGUUUUAUAGAAAUAAUAUCUAAGAGCUGUUUUCUUAAGCUCCAGUCAGAUUAAGUUAUUCCUUCAACAAUACUGAUUCUCAAAUACUUUCAUUCUAGUUAUUCAUCUGUAUGCCAGUUUCAAGUUUUACUUCAAGUGUAAAUCAAAUUAACAUUAUUUAAGGCAAGGCUCUUAUUGCUAAUAUUCUUUUUGGAGUGACACUAUUCUUGGUAGUCUUUAUAACAUUUGGAAUUUCUUAUGAAGUCAGUCAUUUAAUUUUCCGACCUCUCAAAAAUUUACUUAGAAAGUUGAGGACUAUGAAAGAUAGAAAUACUGACAUAGAUGUUAGCAAUUAAGAAGAUGAUUAGCAAAGCUCAGCAGAAGUUGAAAAACUUAAGUAGAUUUUCUAAGAGCUGCUUGAUACAACUCGUUUCGAGAUAAAUGCUUCUUUAGAAAAAGGAGAUUCUUAGGCUAUAAUGGAUCUAGCUCAGGCAGCAAGCAUUUUUAAGAAAAGUAAAAAUCUAAAAGCUCUUGGGAUAUGCUACAAUAAUAUAGCAAAUAUUUAAUACAAAAACUAGCAGUAUCACGAGGCAGCUUAAAACUUUGGCAAAUCUAUAAAGAAAAUCGAUAUUUUAAUUGAAGAACUUAGCAAAGACGAGGAGAGUAAACCUGAGCUUUAGCACUAUUAUAGAGUUAAAGCCCACAGGGUUUAUUAAAGAGCGAUGAGCAGAUUUAAAAUCAUUAGAUACAAGCCAGAUGACAUUAAAGAUAAAAAAUUGAAUUGGUAGCAGGUUGAUUAUGAACUAAGAGAAUCUUUCCAAUUAUACACAUAAAUCAAGAUCCCUAACACAAAGUAUCCACUAUUUUUGGACUUGAUAAUCAAGAUUAUAAUAAGCAGAGCAUAUUCAAAUCUAAGAAAUAGAAAAAUUUUGACGGCUGAAAAAAUUAUUAAACAAGCAAGAAAGCUCAUUAACUUUCUAGAAAGUGGGGAAAUAGUUAUGAGUUAAGAACAAAGAGAAGAAACUCCAAUUAUUCCACUUGAAAUUUUAAAGCAGAAGUAUCUAUUGCAUAGGGGAUAUUUAUUAAAGGAACUUAAUAGAGAUCAAGAUGCUUGUAGAGUCUUCACCUAGUGUAUGUAUGGCUAAAAGUGUUAAAGUCUAGAUAAUAUGCUGGCAAUAUUCAAAUACAGAAAUAAGGAUAUGAUCUUUUUGGUGAAUGCUAAUGAAAAAAUGGCUCCUCAGCUACAUAAAGCAAAAAAUGCACUUGAAUAGAUAUUUGAUAGAGGACUCGAAUCUCAUGAUAGAAUAAGCCUAAUAACAUAUUCUAAGAAUGCUAGAGUAGUUUUCUCUUUAGUAGAUAAAGACAAGAACACCACAUAGCUAAGAAAUCAAAUAGAUCGUAUUUAAGCAUUAUCAAAAGCUCCAUCAAAUGUGUUUAAAGCAUUGAAGGAAGCAGUCAAAGAGUUUAAGGAAUAUAGCAUGGGUGGGGAAAAUCAUCGAUAUAUUAUUUGCAUCACUAAUGAAUUUUGUGAAGUAGAGAACAGUCGAGUAAAGAGAGAAGAUAUCUUUGAUUUGAUAAAGAUGUUUAAAGCCAAUCUGAUUGUACUUGGACUAGGAAUGGAUCUGCAAAGCUCAGAUCAAUUUUAUGAAUUUUGUAAAGCCAGCCCCAACGGAAGAGUACUAAUGAAUCCUACAGAAGAUCAUUUAAAGGAUCUAUUCCUGUCAAUUUCUAACUAUAAAUUCUAAAAUUUGCCCUUGAUCCUAGAGACAUUUAAUUGA